CUGAGCAAUAUGAACGCAACGAUAUGCACAUUGAAGCCCUCAACACCUACAGUAUCAUGACUAAGAAUAAAAUGUUUCCUCACGUAAAUCAGUUAAAGUU